AUGGAUCAGAUGUCUUCUGAUAACAUCAAUGGACUCAUUUUAGCAGUCUCUUCAAGUAUUUUUAUUGGAUCUAGCUUCAUCAUCAAGAAAAAGGGUCUCAAGAAGGCCGGUGCAAGCGGUGUCCGAGCAGGUGAAGGAGGGCACGGUUACUUAUCUGAACCAUGGUGGUGGGCUGGAAUGAUAACUAUGAUUGUUGGUGAAAUAGCCAAUUUUGCAGCCUAUGCAUUUGCACCAGCUAUUCUAGUAACACCACUGGGAGCUCUAAGUAUUAUCUUCAGCGCAGUGCUCGCGCAUUUCAUUUUGAAAGAGAAACUGCAUAUAUUUGGAGUGCUAGGUUGUGUUCUCUGUGUUGUUGGGUCUACAACAAUAGUCUUACACGCCCCACACGAGCAGGAAAUAGAAUCAGUCAAGCAAGUUUGGAAGCUUGCUAUUGAACCAGGUUUUCUUGUGUACUCUGCUGUGAUUUUGAUUGUGGUGCUUGUACUGAUAUUCUACUACGAACCGCGCUAUGGGAAGACUCAUUUGAUUGUAUAUGUUGGAAUCUGCUCCUUAAUGGGUUCUCUCACUGUUAUGUGUGUUAAAGCUGUGGCCAUUGCCAUAAAGCUGACAUUCUCAGGGAUGAAUCAGUUCAAAUACUUCCACGCUUGGAUUUUCAUUCUAGUAGUCACGAUUUGUUGCCUUUUGCAAAUCAAUUACUUGAACAAGGCACUGGAUACAUUCAACACAGCGGUCAUAUCUCCGGUUUACUACGUCAUGUUCACAACUUUCACCAUUAUAGCUAGUAUGAUCAUGUUCAAGGAUUGGGCAUCUCAAAGCGGAUUAAAGAUUGCGACAGAACUGUGUGGAUUUGUGACGAUAUUGUCGGGAACGUUUCUGCUUCAUAAGACGAAAGAUAUGGGAAACAGUGCAAGUGGUCGUGGAGCUGUCACAAUGCCUAGAGACACUCCUGUUUUCACCAAUUCAGGAUCUGGUCGGAGCUCUAGCUCGGAUAAAAUACCCUCGUGA